AUGGAGGACAUACUACGCUCAGUGCACCCUAACUUGGGCAGUAUCGACGACGUGACCGUCGAGAUGUUCCAGGAGGUCAUGAAGGUCUAUGGCCACAAGCUCUUUGCUCCUGGCACAGAAGCAAGAGACUGGACCUUCGGAGGCCUCCAACGAGGACCGGACGGAAGGUUCAAGGACAGCGAGCUUGCUGAGCUGAUGAAGAGCUGCAUCGAAGAGCCCGCCCAUGCAUUUGGCGCACAUGGCACCCCAGCCAGUCUAAAGGUUGUUGACUUGAUGGGCCAGCUACAGGCACGUGAUAUGUUCAACGUCUGUACACUCAACGAGUUCCGACGGUAUUUGAACCUGAAGCCGUACAAAACAUUCGAAGACUGGAAUGCAGACAAGGAGACAGCCCGUGCCGCAGAGCUACUCUAUGGUCACAUUGAAAACAUGGAACUGUACCCCGGCUUGAUGGCCGAGUGCACCAAGCCCGCUAUGCCAGGAAGCGGAGUCUGCCCAGGGCAGACCACUGGACGAGGUAUCUUGGACGAUGCCGUUGCCCUGGUCCGUGGCGAUCGCUUCCUCAGCUACGACUUUAACGCCAACACUCUGACGAAUUGGGGAGCUGCGCUGUUGCAGCAAACCACGCCCGGCGCUUAUGGUGGAGUGUUCCCAAGACUCAUCUUCCAAGGCCUUCCCGGCGGUUUCACCGGUACUUCGACGUACGCACUCUUGCCUUUCUACACUCCAGAAGCGGCGAAGGGGAUCGUGCAAGGCAACAAGGCUUUAGAGAAGUACGAUCUCAAGAGACCGGCCAAUGACUACGACAUAGUCAGCGUCCAGACACAAGAGGGAUGCAAGAAGAUUUUCGAAGAUCGCGAUAGCUUCGUCGUCAUGUAUCAGGCUGCGAUUCGCAACUGUACUGCAGGUCAUGACUUCAUGAUUGGUUGGGACGAUGCUAAAAAGCAUGAAGAUCGUUCCAACAUACUGCACAAGAUCUUUUUCGAAGAAGGGUUUGAGAAGAACAUCAACAACUUCUUCGGCGUUAAUGUUCGGAACCAAAUUCUGAAAAAUUCCGUCAAAGGACCCAAAGGAAGGCUUUCAAUCAACAUUGUCCGAGAUGUGACCAACAUCGUGCCCAUCCUCUGGCUUGCAGAGCGCUUUGCACUGCCUCUUAAGACGCAGGAGCAGCCAAAAGGUCUGCUGUCUCUCCACGAAGCAUUCACUGCCUACCUUGUGCUCUUCAUGUACCAGAGCUUCAACAUCAUGCCGGCCAACGAAUGGAAGCUGAAGGAAGGCGCCAUGAAAGCAGCUGCUCCGCUACGGUCGAUCUUCGAGACCCAUCUUAAGACCCAGACUGGUCGGCUGGAGGGUUUGGUCGAUUGGAUGGCGAAGGGGAGCGCUUUCGAGGUCGGACCCCAUGCUGAUCGCAUAUACAAAGCACUCGCCGACACAAAGCUGCCCAUUGGAGAUCAGGUUGGUGAUUGCAUUGGCAUGGGUGCACCUGUUGCCGGCAACAUUACGCAACAGGCCUCUCUGUUGAUCGACCUGUACCUCAGCCCCGGCUAUGAGAAGUACAAAGAACGUAUCGUUCAGCUUGCACAUAUGGACCCCGCAGCUUCCGAUCGCGAACUACAAGGGUUCGUAUACGAAGGCAUGCGCCAUAGGGGAGUUGUACCAGGCCUGCCUCGCGUUGCGACCAGAGACGUGACGGUCAUGGAUGGCGCUCGCGGACCUGUGCACAUCAAAAAGGGCCACACAGUUUUGAUUGCCACAUCAAAAGCAGCCAUGGAUCCUGUUGCGUUCCCGAACCCCGAAAUCCUCAACCCUCAUCGAUCUUUCAAGGAGUACACCCUCCUUGGCCAUGGCCUCCACUUCUGCUUCGGUGCCAGGCUUGUCGGUCCUUCAAUCGCAGCAACCUUGCGAGAGGUCUUCAAGCUGAAGAACGUCCGUCGUGCGCCUGGAAAGCAAGGUCGUUUUACAACGACUGAGCACAAGCUCGCUGGCAUCACAAUGCGACAUUACCUUGAUGCUAGCGCGAACGAGAGCCCGAUACCUACCAGUCUCACACUGCAUUACGACGAUGAGACGGUGGUCAACGGAGUCAACGGGGCCAACGGACACUCCAAUGGACAUGCGAUCAAUGGAUACUCCAACGGCUACGUGAAUGGCGAUGCUGUGAGCGGGUUGACCACGAACGGUAUCGCGCAUUAG